AUGGCUGAAACAUCGCCACCAUCCUCGUCAAUGGCGACGACAUCGACCCAGGCCUCCGGCAGCAGCGGCACGGAUGUCCUCUUCAAGAAGAAGCGCAAUGGCCCCCGCUCGCUUCGAAAGCCAGACGCCGACGCUUCCGCCACGGUCGAAGCGGGAUCCUCGACCAUCAUAGCAUCGCUCAGAACACGCUCAGCAGAUCGGGGCGUCGACGGCGGCGACGAUGAUGACCACGACGACGCAGCAGAGUCGGCGGUGGUCGUCAAGGCCAAGCGCAAGGCGCACAACCCACUCUCACAGUCAACACUCCCGUCCUACAAGCGACUCAGAAAGGACGGCGAGGUCGACGACGACAACGGCGACUUUGAUAUCGAACUCGCCGACGAAGACGCCGCAGGGGCAGGCUAUGCGGCCAAGCGGCGUCACGUUGAUCGCUUUGGAGAGACGGGCGUCACUUCCCGCUCCAAGGCCGGUGGUGGUGCGGCCGACGGCGUGGCAAAAGUCCGCGAGGACGCCACUCGGCACUCGAAUUGGGACCUCGAAGUCGACGAUACCGGCAAGGCUAGGGACUCUGGAGGCUCUAUCGGAUCGACCGCGACGAAGGUUGACGGCAAGGCAAACAACGACGACGGCAUCUACCGCGGCGCCAAGGGCUACUCGUCCUUUGUCCCGACCCGCGACGACGGGACAUCGUCCAAGAUGCGUUCGCGCGGGCCCAUCCGGAUGUCGACCAAUGUGCGCAGCGUGACGGUCAUGGACUACCAGCCGGACAUCUGCAAGGACUACAAGGAGACGGGCUACUGCGGCUUCGGCGACACGUGCAAGUUCCUCCACGACCGCAGCGACUACCUGGCCGGCUGGGAGCUCGACCUGCUGCCCAACUCCAACUCGAGACGCGGGCGCGGCGACUUUGCAUCCGAUCCCGAGGACGGCGACGACAGCGACGAGGAAGACGUGCCCUUCGCCUGCCUCAUCUGCCGUCAGCCCUUCACCGACCCCGUCGUGACCAACUGCGGGCACUAUUUUUGCUCGGCCUGCGCCAUCAAGCGGUACACCAAGACGUCCAAGUGCUUUGCGUGCGGCGCACAGACCGGCGGCCUCUUCAACUCGGCAACAAAGGUGCUCAAGCGGAUGGAGGACGCCAAGAAGAGAAAGGCCGAGGAACGGUCCGAGCGGCGGAGGAUGCACGGGUACGACGACGGCGACGAGCAACGCGGAGGCGAGGCUGAGAUCCUGGAAGGCGUCGAGAUUGGGGGCAGUUGA